UGCGUAUGUGGACAUGGUGGCGCAAUAGCUUUCGCUACUUGGUUGUCACAAUUGGUUUUUUCUGUCUUCUGUCGGUAAAUUCAAAUCAUACUAUAAUCAACUUCACUUUCAUAUGCAUGUCAAGUGAUUAUUCAAAAAACUACUCUGGUAGUGGUAAAAGCCCUCCUAUUGACUACACUCCAACAGAGAAAAGCGCAGUCAUUUGGGCCGUACCACUGGGAACACUGCUAGGAUCAAUUCCAAUCAACUACUUUUAUACACAGUAUGGUGCAAAAUGGCCAUUUCUUGUAGCGGGAGUAGUAUCUGCUUUAGCCACAGCGAUGAUACCAGCAGCUGCUGUGUUCAACCUAGGAGCACUAAUGAUGCUGAGAUUUACGCAGGGAUUAGCGUUUUCUGGAAAUUUUGGAGCUAUUGGACUAAUAUGUGUUCGAUGGGCUGCACUUACUGAAAUGAGCAUUUUCCUUAGCGUCCUGACAAGCUUCACUCCUGUCUCUGCAGUGAUUACAAAUCCUGUCGCUGCUUGGAUGUGCAAAACUUACGGUUGGCCUAUGGCUUUCUACGCUCAUGCUAUGUUUGGCUUGAUAAUAUUCUUACUUUGGGUACUGCUUUACGCAGAUAACCCCCAAAAACACCACAUCAUUACGAAGAAAGAACUGGCAUGCAUACGAAAAGGGAAAACAAAGGAGCAUGUUGAGGGAGACACAUUUGUUCCAUAUAAGGACAUUAUCUUGGACAGAGUGGUGUUAAUAAUAUGGUUAAAUGCAUUUUGCUGCAUGACAGCCCUCACAUUUGUAUUGACCUAUGCUCCACUCUAUUUUCGGAAGGUACUCAAAUAUGACGUAGGUGUUGCGGGCACACUUUCCUCGGUUGCAUCUUCCAUUCACCUACCACUCAAGCUUGUCAGCGGAAUUAUCAGUGACCGACUAAACAUCAUUUCUGAACGAUACAAAAUGUGGUUUUUCAAUACUAUCUCUAUAGGUGUAGCCGGUUUAUGCAUUCUAUUGAUUGGGGUUUUUCCUCCUGAUUGGCCCACGGCUGGCUUUGCCAUGUUCGCUCUAGACAAUACAGUCAUGGCAUUGACUGCAGGAGCAUUUUACAAAUGCGGAACUUUAUACGCGAGGCAGUAUUCACAUGUGUUAGUUACGGUGAUACAGUUUAUGAAAUGCGUCGGCAUGUUUGUUGCGGCUGGCUUGUUCUGGCUAUUCGUAGAAGAUGAAAGUAAUUACAACGAGUGGCGCUACGCCUAUUGGUUACAAGGAACCUUUCUUAUUAUUGCAAAUGUUCUGUUUUAUGCGGUUGCUACCGAUCAACCGGCAGCUUUCACUCUCAUAACUAGAGCAACAAGGAAGGAUGAGUCAACUCAAGGUUAAUAAUUGAUGAACUGGAAGAUCCUCGGCAACUCUG